AUGGCGAAUAUUCUUCGUCGACUGCGGAGAUCCAGCAAGAAAGCUGCCAAGUUUCGAUUCACAGUCACUCUUCAGGAACUUCAACUUUACACCGACGAAAAAUGGAAACCCGAAAACCUUGUAGUAUCAUUCGUCCAUCGCCGUCGAAAAGUGUCUUCCAAAGAAAGAAGAUGGGAACAAUCAUACUCAGAUGUCAACAAAUGUGUGAUAAUGUGGCCCGAGCAGAUGACAGAGAACGUGGAUAUUCUGACAACUCUCUACCGUACUCCAGAUGAUGAUACAUUUGAAGAUAAAGAAUGGACAAUCGUUAUCGAAGAGCUCACAGCAAAAGGAAAACGAAAAGCCAUCGCUGCAGUACCCAUCAACGUUCGACUAUUCAUCCUGGACCUUCCUGAACAUAAAAGUGAACUGAAACUCAAACUACGUCCACUGUCGCCUCAUUUGAAAAUGUGCUCCUUGAUCAUUCUUCUCGGCAGCACACUAAUUUCAGAGGUUAGUGGAGAUGAUGUGAGUGUCAGCUCGUCGGCGGCAGCGUCCUUCGUUGAGAAAGUACCAGUGCCAGAGGAUGAAGUGGAUGCGAGUGUCAGAGAUCCGAGGACAGCGGCUGCCAUACAACAAAUCGACUCAACAGCCACAAAGAUCAAAGAAUGGGCGAAUGAGAAGAAGGAAGCAUCUCCAGCAGUUCCAGCACACCGAAAACCAUCUGAAGAAUCAGGAGAAUUAGCAAAAAUUCGACCUCAAUGGCGAGUUUCCGCAGAAGAGGAGAAAUCAUCUCAACAAGCAUCAGCUCCAACACCAACAGCUCCAGCAGCACCCAUCGCCACCAACAGACACAGUCGAUCAAGUCGUGCCUCAACGGAAGAAAAAACGGCGACAACCACAGAAUUCCGAGUGGACUCUUACUCUCGGCCUGUUCCAGUUGCGACGCCAAUAAGUGCAACGCCUUCAUACCUUCAAAGUGGAUCUAUGCAUAGAGGAAGAUCCAACUCGCCACGUGCUCCAUCUCGAGACGCAGUCCCACAACCUGUUUCAGGGGAGACUCUUCUUUCGUGGUGCCAGAGGGUUACUAAUGGAUAUUCACAUGUUAAAAUCAAUGACUUUACAAAAUCCUGGAAGAAUGGACUAGGAUUAUGUGCAAUCCUGCAUACGUAUCAUCCGGAAUUAAUUGGUGAUUACGAAUCUCUUGAUAUCUCAAACAACAUGUCAGGCCAAAAAGAGAAUGUUCAAAAAGCGCUGGAUGCCAUGUCUAUGAUGGGACUCACUGACAUUCCGACUGUCGAUAUGUUCAUUACACCAGAUCGAAAACAAAUCGAACUACUCCUCCAACGCCUUCGUCGCGUUUUCGAAGGAUGUGAAGACGGAUCCACUCCAGCUAGUGCUUCGGAUCAUCGAAUCUCUAGAACUUUUGGAAUGACUGAAACGGAAGAGAAAGUUGUGGCAAUGAUUGCGGAAUUAAGAAACAAAAAGGAUCUGGAAGAUGCUGUAGAUUACACAAACAUUCCUGAUCAAGUAGAAGCACCAGUGACUCCACAAUUAGCAAGUCGGAAUCCAGCCUUGAAUCAGCCUAUCGACGAUGACGAUGACGAUGCGGAAACGUCUAAUAUGAGAUUUGAAAGAAGUAAUGUGAGCAUCACAAUGGUCACACCAGGAGUUGGAACUAUUCGUGCUUCGAACCGGGCAUCACCAUCAAAACGAGAUGAACUGCGUCAAAGAGCUCGCGAAAUGCUCGAAAAGUCCACAACAAACCAGUCGGCAACACCAAACUCACGCAAAGGAAGCGACGAAGAGAGGCGGCGCGAAGAGGUCAGACGACUGCUCAACGAAAAACAGUCAACGGCCAUCCCCUCUACUUCGUCCUCACCCUACCCAACGUUCCGUCGUAUAAACGGAUCCAACACAGAUUUGCGUCGUAUUGAUGAUCCAAAUGACACCCCACAUGUCCCAGCGAUUGGAAGGAGGACAAAUGGCAAUCGGGUAAAUUGUCUAUCAAAUGUCUAUCAAGACAAAACUUCUAACUUUCAAUCUCAUCGACAUAUUUCGUUUAGUUCUUUGUUCUUCUUCUUAUUUUCCAUCACCAUAGUCUUUAUUUUAUAUAUGUUGUGCUCUUCUUCACGUGUUGUGCUCACAUUACAGAACGAUCCUGCAACACCUUCGACGUUUGACCGAGUGAAAAGAUAUGGUAGUAUGCGAAGUGCUGAGCUGAAAGAAUCCUUACAGUUGAUGGCUAAACAAUACGGAUAUAUGGGGAACGAUUAUGAACUAUCUUCGCAAGACGCUCCAGCGACACCAAGUAAAAAGUUCUCGUCCCAAUGGGAGAAAGAUGUAGAUGACGUCGAAGGAACCGCCCAGGAGCUUGUUCGUAUCGACGAACGUAUAUCGGACAUCACCCGUCAAGCUGAAAGCAUCCAAGACAAAAUUCGUGAAACCGAAGUGGGAAGUUCGGAAGAGGAAAUGCUCACCGCGUCUUAUCUUCAGUUGACCAAUGAGCGAAACACUCUGGUCCAUCGUCAGGAGUACUAUAACAUCAUCGAGACGAUUCGUCCGACUAUUGCUGAAAUCGAGGAUUUGACACGACAGAUUGACGAGAUUACUCAAAUUGCUGACGACUUCCCACGUUCCGAUGAGAAUAAGAGAGCAACUGAUAAGCUGAUGGAGGAAUACAGUAAUGCAAUGAAAACGAAAAGUAAUUUGGUACGAAAGCUAUUUGCAACCGAAGAAGAAAUCGAGGAAGACUCGGAUCGUCUGAAAAAUCUGACACUUGACAGAGCAACACGCUUCGUCCGUGGAAUCGAUCAGCCAGUUUCCGCAUCGAAACGACUGAUUCAAUGGUGGCGUCGUUAG